GUACCAGCCAGUGUUAUGUCCUUUUUGCCCCAGAUACCGAAUGUGUAGCCAAGUCUAAAAGUAAAAGAUGGGGCUUUUUCAAGUAAUAUAUCUGUUUUUGUCGAUGCCGAGAUUAAUAAUGUCAGUUAUAUGUCAUGAACACAUACCAAGGCUUCUUAUUGUAUCAUACGAUGGCUUCCGCUGGAAUUAUCUAACAAGAACACAGACACCAAAUUUCGACUACCUCAUCGAAAAAGGUGUCAAGGCGAAGUGGAUAAAAAAUGUUUUUCCGACUGUAACAUUCCCAAAUCACUACACGAUCGUCACAGGUUUAUAUCCAGAAAGCCAUGGUAUUGUUGGAAACACUAUGUACGAUCCGGCUUUCAAAGAAAACUUGUAUUUGGAAACAAUAGACACUGAAGAGCAAUCAAAGAAUGUAGAAAAAUGGGUAUCAAAUAAAAUUAAUAUACCAAUCUGGCUGGAAAAUCAAAAAGAGAGCAGCAAGCGACAUAGUGGUAGCAUUAUGUGGCCAUUGUCUGAAGUCCCAGUCGAUGGACAACUACCAAAAAAGUUUGUGGACUAUAACCAGAGUACUAGUACAAGUCUUCAGGAUAGAAUUGAUACUAUAGUGGAUUGGUUUCUUGAUGAAGUUGAGCCCAUUAAUUUAGGACUGCUAUAUUACCAUGAACCAGACAAUGCAGGCCACAUUUCUGGACCUGAAUCUGAAAAUGUGACAAAUAUGAUUUCCUUUUUAGACAGUGCCACAGGCUAUCUUAUAGAGAAGUUAAAAGCAGCAAAUUUAUUUGAUUCCAUAAAUAUUAUUCUUACCAGUGAUCAUGGAAUGACAGCAGUGUCAGAUGAAAGAGUUAUUUAUCUUGAUAAAUAUGCCAAUCCUAUGUUUUACCAGUUAGUAGGAUAUGGUGCAUUUGGUAACAUACUGCCUGUUGAAGGAAAAGAAGAGGAAGUUUAUCAAAAUUUGACAAAGGUGCCACAUUUACAUGUAUAUUUAAAAGAAGAUGUGCCUGAAGAUUAUCAUUAUAAAAACAAUAGAAGGACACAACCCAUUUUGGUGGAGCUAGAGUUGGGAUGGUACUUCUGUCCAGAUUCCUCUGAAAAACUCGAUAUUAAGGGCUCACAUGGAUACAACAACAGUUUUCCAGAUAUGCAUCCUUACUUUAUAGCUCAUGGACCUGCUUUUAAAGAAGGUUUUGUGUCAGAAGAAUUUAACAGUGUGGAUAUCUACUCUCUAAUGUGUGCAUUAUUAGAGAUAAAACCAAGUAAUCCAGUAAAUGGAAGCUUAGACAAAGUGAAGCAUCUACUCAGAGGAGUCAAUUCCAGCAUGGAUACAACUUUAUUGACAUAUGCAUUGGCAAUAGUUUUUGUUACAACCAUUGCAGGAGUGUUUUCAAUAAGUGCGUGCAGGCACCAACAUCGUUAUAAUAAAGUCAGCCUUUGUCACAGCAGGACAAUGAAAACUAAUGUUAGCGGAAUGGAAUCAUUGGAUUCAUGUCAACACUUACUGAAAUCUUUGUCAGAUGAUGAGCUUUGAUUUAGAGUGAAAAAGCAGUACUGGGAACAAAAACCAAAAGAUCUUAAUGACAAAUACCAGUGCUUAAUUGUCCCCUUUACCUUUUACAGUAGUGUUUGGCACAUUUCCGGUUUUCAGCAGAUUCAAGUUUAAAGUACUUUUUCCUUACCCCUCUUCUAUAUUUUAGCUUGUAAAUGGUAGUGGGUUUUAGACACAGGCCUUAAGGUUUGGAAAUAUUCUUUGUUUAAGAGGGUUUAAAUAAUUAUGUUGACAAAAAACCAGAAUGAUAAGUACGGAAUCAUGUAUAAAGUCUCUCUCAGAGAUUAUUACAAAGGGUAGCCAUCUUUGGAGGCCAUAUGGUCUGAUGGUAAGCACAGAUUUCAGAAUAAUUGCAAUAACUGCCAUUUGGUGGUAAAAUGAAUUUAUUAUAUAUUUCUGGGAGUUGUUUACAAUGCAUUUAUUGUGACAGAGAGAGAGUUGUACUCCCUUUAAAUAAGCUGUCAAGGUUUUAUGUAAUAACUGUAAAUGCUAAAAACUGUCUUUUGAAAGACUAAAAUUUGUAUGUGAUUCCAUGUGCAUAUAUGAUCUACCAUCAAUGGGCAAGACC